UGUCCGUUUUGUGAACAGUUCCGGAGGUUUUUUUUUUUUUUUUUUAACCGACAGGAGGGAUGGAGACGGUCUGGAGAGAGGGAGGCGCGCCGGUGGGUUGUUGCCUCUGGAAGACGGUGCUUCUUAUUUUCCUGUGGAAAGUGUCUGACAGCCAAGCAGGAGCAGCAGGAGUUGGACCAGGAGGAGGGCCGGACUCCUCCCAACCCCGUUUCUCCUCCUCCCUCCCUACCUACCUCCCCGUCCAAUGCCAGCUGAGCGGUGCUGACUCUGCGUUCUUCCUGCGGGAAGCCAAUCAGGAGGUUAUGCGAAAUGGCAGCCUAUCAUCACGGACUGAGCCCUUCUUCCUCCACCAGCUGGAAGCAGGUGUCGCCGCCCCACAAUCCCUGCCGAGUGUCAAUUGCAGCUAUGGAAACCUCAGCAUUGAGCAGCCAAUCCCCGUGGAGCUGCUUCAGGGUCCACCACCGCAUCUGCUGCUGACCACCAACCAGGUUACUCUAAACUGGAAGGUCAAAGGUCAAGUGGUGGUGCCCAAAGUGGGGUCAACAAGGCCCUGGAUACAGGUACUGUUUUACCUUGUGGGGCGGCGUUGGGACGAGCCUGACCCUCCUCCUCCAGCCCUCCUCCCAUGUGUCAGAGCCUUGGCCAUCCGUGACACAAGUGAAGCAGCACCCUCGGCAGGCUGCCGCCUCAUGGGGCCAUCUGGCAUCUGUGUUGUCCGUCUGGAGAUUCCCCCUGCUUGGUUUACACCACCACAAGUGAGAAAAAGACCUCCUGAAGUGACUCUACCAUCAGUGGAUGUGUAUUACUCAAUUAUACCAGUGGAAGGGGCUGGUCAAGAGUGUCCCUCCAUUGUUAACGAGCCAUGGAGAGGUCAGAGUGCAAACGUCGGGCCUCUUGGAGGCCUGGGCAUGGGCCUCGGGGGACAGUGGAGCCCCCUACUGGAUGGGGGUCUUCAGGACAUGCUAAAAGCUGGUUCUGUGGUAAUGACCAUGGGCCCAGUUUCCGCUAAAGGAGAACGAUUGAGACUGGAUGAAAAUGUGGAGGUUCUGGUGCCACCCAGUCCAGUUCGGCUUGGCAAGACGGUGGCGUUUGGCGUGUACAUGAAGACGGAUUCAAACACGGAACAGUUUACACUGAGGGUGUGGUUCCAGUCAGGCAUCAACUUCCUGGCUGUUAAACCCAGCAACCUCGUCGCUUGGGAGAUCAAACAGGAAAUGGCACUGGGAAGCAGUUCGUUGGCGGUGAUGUGUCAGAGAAAGGCCUACUCCACAGCAGAGAGAUUGGAAAGUCCAUCAUAUGAGGUGAUGCAGCUGGACUUUGAGGUGGAUAAUGUCAUCAACCUGGUGCCGACCCAGACUCUGCACUGGAACAUCGAGUACCCAGCUGGAAUGCAGACAACUUCCAGGCAAACAGAGAAAGUCUCACACCUUUACAUCAGCAACGCCGACAUACAGGGAAUUGUACCGCUGGCUGAGGACACAGAGGUGGUGAACACAGCCAUUCUUACAGGUCGGCGUGUCGCAGUGCCCAUAAAACUGGUUACCGUGGAGACCGACGGGCAGGUGAGGGAGGUGGACGACUCGGUCACAUGCAGCUCUACAGACGUGGACGUUGUCAAGGUUUCCCCAAACUGUGACCAGGUGUUGGUGAACGGUAAAGAAAUGCGUGGUCGUCAGUCUUUGGCAGUCAACUUCACCUACCUGCACCUUUCUGCUCAGCUGCAGCUCACCGUCUGGGUGCCCAAGCUACCUCUGCAGAUAGACGUGUCAGAUACUGAGCUGAGCCAGGUUAAAGGCUGGAGGGUACCAAUUAUCACUAACAAGAGACCUACAAGAGACAGUGAAGAUGAUGAGGAUGAUGAGAGGAAGGGCAAAGGCUGCACCCUACAGUAUCAGUACGCCUUGGUGCGGGUCCUCACCCAUUUUGUCGCAGAACCCUCUGACCCAGGAGGAGAGAUGGUCUACAUGUUAGGAUCGGACUGGCAGGCUGAUAUCACUCAUUUGGUCUUGGACCAGCUAAAGGUAGAAGAUCCUCGCAUUGCCAGACUGAUAGAUGGACGAAUCUUGAUCGGACGGGACCUGGGGAUCACCACUAUACAGGUUCUGUCCCCGCUGUCUGACUCUAUCCUGGCAGAGAAGACUGUGACCGUGUUGGAUGACAAGGUGACCAUCACAGACCUGGGAGUCCAGCUGGUUGCAUCUCUUUCCCUCAGUAUGUCAGCAAGUCCUGGAAAUUACCAAGCUAUACAGCUAACAACUACAGCUACAGACCUGCUACACGCACCUAAACAGGAAGCAGCCAUCAGUGCAUGGAUCCAGUACAGUGACGGUUCAGUGACACCACUUGAUGUCUAUGAUCCUAAAGACUUCCUCCUCUCAGCCGUGUCAUUGGAUGAGAGUGUCAUCUCCAUAACUAAUCAGGAGCAACACUGGCCUAUUGUAGUGGCAGAGGGCGAUGGACAGGCACUGGUUCGUGUAGAGAUGGUCAUCUCUGAGACCUGCCAGAAAUCCAAAAGGAAGAGUGUGCUGGCAUCUGGAGUUGGCAAUGUGAUAGUGAAGUUUGGAACAAAGAGCGAAGAAAGAGGUGUGAUGGGAAGAGGUGGACAAGACGAUGGAGGAGGGAUGGACAACAGCACCAGCGAACAACGAACAAAGGAUGGAGGAGAGUGGAAGUCUAACAGUGCAGCAGUGGAUCGAGAGGAAGGAGCCAUGAGAAAGGUUAGCACAACCACCAAGAGCACAGUAACCCAACGUGCUUCAGGUGGAAAACCAGCCAGUGGAGGCAGCAGCAGCAGCCGUGGCAGUGGUCCCAGCCAAGCAGGGGACUACGGUAGCUAUCCAGCACAAGUGGAGGUACCAGGCACUGGGGAUAGUGAGCUGACCCAGACCACUAGAGGACUGUCAGACCUGGAGAUUGGGAUGUAUGCCCUUUUGGGUGUAUUCUGUCUGGCAAUACUGGUCUUCCUCAUCAACUGUGUCAGCUUUGCUUUCAGAUACCGUCACAAGCAGGUCCCCGUGCUGGAAGCAGGAGGCAACAUGAACCACGCCCAUGACUGGGUAUGGCUUGGCAAUGAGGCCGACCUUUUAGCUGACCACUCUGACCAAUGCCAGGGUGGCCUGCCUGAUGAAUGCACCACCAUCAUUGACCGGAAUGAAGGAGGAUACGAAGAGAACAAGUACCUGCUGAAUGGGGCUGGUAACACCUUGGUGAUGGGCGUGGGCACAGGCAUGGGCACCAUCAGUGGGAGUGGUGGCACAGGGGGACACCGAGGCAUCACCCAUGGACAGACCUUGCCCAGAUCUGUUCCAGAACCACAUCAGUGCCUUUCAGCAAUCACUACAGGUGGCAAAAAUGCCACUGGCCAAGUGGAGCAUCUGAAUAAUUCCCCACGAGCUACAGCUGCAGCUGCAGUUGCAGCCGCCAAACGCAAACGUGUCCAGUUCACGUCUUUUGCCACUGUUCUGCCCAAUGAUAAUUCGGGUGGUGGUGGCCCAUACACCAACUCUUCAGUCUUGGUGACCAAUGGGAGCGAGGAUGACAUCAAGUGGGUGUGCCAGGAUAUGGACCUGGGUCAGUCUGAAAUCAGAACCUACAUGGAGAGGCUACAAGACAAUCUGUGACUGAGGGGAAAGAGACUGAGAAAUGAAGGGGCAGAGGAUGAGUGCAGGAGGGGGAGGAUGGACAAUGAGUACAAUUCACCUGUAAUGCCUUUGCAAUGGAUGAAGGGAGCGAGAAUGGGAGGAAUAUGAGAAUAGUGAAGGGAGCAUGGACUGUGGCGAAGAGUUUAAAAGAUUAUUGAACAGACAGUGUAGGGGAUGCUUACAUUUAGCUCCCCUUAGGCUAUGGAAAGCAUACUUUCAUCACUAGCUCACAGUGAAAUCAAUGGUAGCAAACAACGAAUAACAUUAUGAGUUUGUUUUAUAUUAUUUUUGUAGAAAUAUUAGUGUAAAAAUCAAUUAUAAAGUCACUAUUGGUUAUGAAUGUUUAUUUUCAGAAUACCAGUAAACCAUUGUGCUAUACAAUAAAUUCAGGGUAUGUUAUUGGACAACAUUAUUAAGCCACUAUACAUUUAAAUGAGGAUGGCAGGAAGUGUUUUUUACUCAAAUGGUAUAUUGUCAGCAUUGGCCGUUGAUUGACUAUUGAUAGAUUUAGUUUUAAUAUACAAACCUGUCAGUUACCUGCCAAGUCUGCUGAAUGGUUAUAUAACAAAUGACUGAUUAAGAUUCCUGAAGAAUAGGUUUGCAUCAAAGAUACAAUCUGUUUGUUUUUAUGCUAUCAUGUGACCCAUUUGCAUUUCUCACAAGUAAAAUGUAACAUGUAAAAAAUAUAUAUAUUCCAAGUACUCAACUAUAAGUCAGGCACCAGUGGUAGUUGCCAUUGAGCACUGAAUAUGGGCAAUCUUUUUCUUUCAUCAACAACAAAAUGUGUCAAGAGUUGGAAAAUGACAUACGAAAGACUGUUUCUCCCUUGGAUCCAAGACAGAGGCAUUUAAUCUUGCACAAUUAAAACAGGAAAGGACAUUAGCCAUAUUUGAGGCUUACUUCCUGUUUCCUAAAACCUUCCAGCCAAUGAUGGCUUUCACCCUGUAUUCAGAACCAGUCCUGUCAUCUCCUGGCCCCUCUCCUUGUCACUGAUUGGACAGUAGGAAUUUUGUGAACUAAAGUACACAGUGAAAUACUGUGAAUUACUGUCUGUAAACUAAAGGGGGACCGACUGAGGUGUCUCAUAUAAAAAGGAGGCUGCUUGGGCUUUGCAAAGCCUGACCGAACACUUAAUGAGGAUUAUUUAAAACAGAAACCACGUAGGCAACAAUACAGACCGGAGUACCUACAGUGUUAUACGUGGAGCUAACAGGAUAUAUUGAAUGACAUUACAAUACAAAUGAAAAAUGUGAAGAGUGAAACUCUUGAAUAUCUCACGAAUAGAUAUGGGUUCAUGAAACAUGUUUGUUCUUGCUGAACAUAAUUAUAUAUAUUUUUUUCCUUUUGUUUGUCCUUUUUUAUAAAUAGAAUGUUUUUAUUAUGUUUUUCCUUGUUACAUUUUCCCUCAUUUGGGAAGAUAUUAAUUGUAGCUUUUUAUUUCAGAGAUUUAUUACGAUUUUAAGAAUAUAUGAUUCUUUUUUCUCCUAGAAAACUAUUUAUUUAAAUUAACAUUUGAGAGGGUGAGGACUGAAAGAAGGGUCAAGGGCAAAGAUUGAGACCAAUAGACCUGAUGGUGAACGAUAGCACACAAAGUGAAAGGGCGGAGACAGAACAGGCAGAGGUUGCCUCACCUUCAUUAAGCUCAGGUGACGAGUCAUGAAGAACUGACAAUAAAAAAGGAGAUCUGUAAGAUUGUUAAGAUUGCAAUAUUUAUUUAUAAAUGUGUUACUGUUUCAAAGUACACUGUAUGUUGUAGAUAAAUAAACAUGCUUCAAAGUGCUUGUGAAUAAGAUUGCAGGUCACUAGCCAACAACAUGGUGAUAUUUUGUACAUUUUACAGUGCAAAUAUGGUACACAAUACUAUCUACCAACACAAUGUGAAAGUGAUCUUAUUGGUUCUUUUUCUAAAGAUGUUCCUGUCUUUGUUUAAAGUAUUGAAUGAGUUCUUGUCUUUGUACAGGGUAGGAAUCAGUUUACCUCCAUAACGAGAUGUAAAUGUGGAGGUAAUCCAUCGUGCAUCACACUCAAAAUUGCUUGAGGUUGGUGAGUCCAAGAGAUCCAUUUCAGAAAAAAACAAACAAAUCAAAUGUUGCUGGGUUAGUCCAAAAGAAAACAAAGGCAGAAUCUGGAUUAGUAUAAACAUCUCUAUUUUCACUCAUUUGUUUAACAAGAAUCAUAAUAAAAAUGCAAAUUAAUGAAUCAUCAAGUCUGAAACAGUAUGAAUAGAAGAUUGAAAGGACAGAGAGCUUGGAUAGACAUAGAUAAAGAUACCUGAGCUGACUCCAAAUGGGGGAACUAUAUGGGCUGCACAGCCUCCACCAAAGCAAUAGAUAUUUUGACUGAUGAUGGCGACUAUAUUGUAUGUUCUGGACUCGUACAUAUUACUGUAUCUCACCUACUGUAAUGUAGCUACAAGACUGCUAUGAUUGAAAGGAUCAGUCUAACAGGUACAAGAUUGAUAGUCGCUUAAGGUAGAAGUGUAGCACUGCUCUCAGAUGAAAAACCUUUUGACUUUUAACAUGCUAGAACUGUGAGUUUAAUCAUACUUUACAGGCUGUGACACCCAUUCAACCUGUUGUAUAAUUUUAAAAUUGUAUGGAAUUCCACAAAAAAAAUACAAGGUUAUUUUUGAGAGAUUAUGUUUGGGGCAUUUCAGCUUUUAUUUGAUACCAGAGAAAGACAAAUCUACUGUAUGUAUGUAGCCUUUGUGGAAGGACAGCAAUUUACUGAUUGCUUACUAAGCUACUGCUAAACUUUGGCACAGUUCCUAAGAGGAAUUGUUUUAAAAGCAUAAAGGUUUGGCUUCUUUAUCAUCUUUGCAACUGUCAGAAAUUUUACAGACUGGCCAGGAUAGUAGUUGGUUGCAACUAGUUUUGUAUUAAUUCAUGCUAAUUUGGUUCCACCAAUAACAUCCAACAGAGAGAUUUGAACCCAGAUAACUUUAGGUGCAGAAACAAGAGCACAGUUGGUUUUUAUUUAAGUUUUUUAUUUUCCAUUUUCCUUGCAGAGGCUGUUUCACUGCCUGGAAAUAGAUUCCUCAUAUCUUCUGGCAAUCCAUGUUCUACAGAAUUAUGUUUAUUAUAAUUAUGUCAAUUAUAAGCCAAUGCAGGUAGUAGUAGGAUGUUCAUAUAGCUCAAGGAAAUGCAAGGGUGUGGCGGUAAGGGAGGUGUUUAAUCAUACACUGUGUUCAGUUCAUACUAACAACGUUGAAUUUUUCAAUAUUCAACAUAAUGCUGCACAGGACAUUGCAUUUGACCCGAAAGUCAUGUUACUAAUGCAAAACAGUUUCAUAUGAACAUAUGUCUGACAAGAAUGUUGUUGCUGUCACUAAGCCUUGUUAUACACACUUUGGCUUUGUGUCGACAGAGGAACUGUUCAUGUUGUGCUGCCUUUUUUUUCCGAGAGAAAACAAGGAUUCCUUGUUUUCAGUGGAUGGUUUUACAUUAUUAGCCACUGUAGACGUCCCCUGUCACACCCUGUCUUGCAAUAACACUUGAGUGAAGUGAAUAUACUACCCUAGAACCACGUUAAUUCUCUCUCUAAUCCAACUUGUUUUCAGACUAAUGCAAGUAACUUCUAAUUGUGGAAAUAAAGAACACAUGUCUUCAUCCUCUCGGAUUAAGCCAAUCCACAGCAGUAGUUCAGCCAGAAAGUAAGCAGUAAAAUAUGGGACCUCUACAGUUGCUACAUCAAAAAAAAAAAAAAAAAAAAAAAGAAUGCUAAAAAACAAAUACAUAUUCUCAUAAGCAGUAGAGCUGAGUUCAGUUGUUGUUGUUGUUGUUGUUGUUGUGACAGAAGGAGGUGCACAUGAGCAGCAGUUGAAUGUGCUACAGGUAGAAGAGGUGCCAGUGGACAUGAGCCCUAAAGGUUUUUUAGUUUUAUUUGUUUCUUUUUCUUUUUGCUAUUGUCAUUGUUUAAACAUGGUUCAUGGAGGCCAAUAAAGACCCAUAACCAAAAACUAA